AUGAGUUUAAGUUGUAUUGAUAUGUAUUUUCUUUAUUUUAUAUUAAUCAUCAUAACAAUUAAAGUAAAAUGCAUGAACAUACAUGCAACAAAUGAGAAAAAUGGAAGUGUAAGACUAUCCAAAAUUAUUUCAAACAGUUUUACAAAGAAAAGUAAGUUUAGUUUAAACAUUUUUAAAAAAAGAAAUAAAUUUGGAAAAAAAAGUAUAUUUGAAGAUGCUGUUUACACAAAUAAAAAAAAAAGUAUUAUUAAUUUAGUUUAUAAAGACAUUAUUAAAAAGGAUAAAAAAUUUAUUGUGAGAAAAUUAAAUGAAAUUAUAUAUAAGCAACAAAAAAUAAAUUCUCCUUUAUUUUUCAAUGAAAAUAUUCAUUGCUUUCAUAAAAAUUUCCUUUAUUAUUAUAUAUUUUUUUAUGUUUUAAGAAUAAACAUAAACACUUAUAUGUUUAAAAGAAUUCAUAAAUUCUUGAUAAAUAAAUUAAAAAUCGAUUUCCUAAAUAAUACAAUAUGUAACUUAAAUUUAUUUAAAAAUAUAUAUAUCUGGAAUGAAGAAAUAAUUUCAAAAAUUUAUAAAAAGUAUUUUAUGAUUUAUGAAAAGGAAUUAAAUAUUAUCAUUGAUCAACAUCUAAAUUACGAUGAAUAUUACCGCAAUAGAGUGAAAGAAUUUGAUAAUAAAGAGUUUACUAUUCCUUUAUUAAAUAUAUAUGCUAUAUUAUUUUUUAAUACUUUUAAUAAAAAUUUUUACUUAAAAAGUGUAGAUACCAUUAAAAGACUGAUUCAAACAAAUAUUAAAAUUUAUUUUUUAAAAAAUUAUAUUAAUGAUCAAUAUUCAAUGAAAAAGAUUUUGUAUACAUAUCAAAUAUUUUUUAGAUUGUCGAUUAAGAAAAACAUGAUCCCAUUAUUUUAUGCAUUUCAAGAUAAUUUUAAAUUAAGCAAAAAUUUCGAAUUAAUUUCUGAUACAAUUAUAAAACAAGUAGAUGUUAAUAUACCUAAUUUAAAAAUAGUUAAUUUAUUUAAUUUAUUUGUUAUAUUAUUUAAACUUUUACUAAGUAAAACAACUCAAUUAAUAUUUUAUUCUACUUUAGUUUAUAUACAAAAAAAGAUACAUGAAAAAAAAAAGUUUAUAAGAGACAUAUAUUCCUUUCCAUUUUAUUAG